AUGUUGUCUCGCUCCAGCUUCAGCAUACGGAGACUCCUCUCGCAAAAUCGACCAGAUUCCCCAAGUGAUUCUGAUGAGCUUGACGAACACGGCGAAAUUACUCAAUUGAAGCUUGACCAGCACAGGCACUCGGCGCGGCCUGCCAUGUACCAAACGAAGCCGGUCGAGUCCCCUCUGGUAUACAGAUCACAGAGCGUCCACCAGGUCAUGAGGCCUCUUCCCCCUUUGCCCUUUGACUCCCCGCGUUCGUCCAGCAGCUCUAUAUACAGCUUCGAUAACUACUACACGGAACCGAGUGUCAAAGGCAACUCCCAUGAUGCGAACUUUUGUUCAUCACAGAGAGACAUUGAUCCCCUCUAUGUACAAUCAACACCCAAACGCCUCUCAGAGCGCAGGCAUCUCAUGAUCACGCCGCUACAAAACAUAUCGCCUCUGAAAUCAGCCAUCGAACCUACGCAUCAUCACCACCUCGCUGUUGAUAGGGACAACGGCGCGGCCGCAGAGCCCACUAUGGCGGUCAAGGAAGCAGUGGUAGAGAGCCAAGAAGAGGUGGAGGUCGACGACUGGUCCGAGACGGUUCAGCAGCUCAUCAAAGAAACAGACGAAGCCUUCCACGCGGUUGGCGCAGCGCUUGCUCAGGUGCAGCUCACCCCACAAGUCUUUGUCACCUCCACAGAGCCGGACGUUGCCUUGUCCCCACCGCUGCCGAGUACUCCAAGUGCCCCCUGGCGCACACCGGCACGCCUUACACUCGAAAGGCAGCCAACAAAGUGCAUGACACCUCCCGUUGUGCCGGCGCGGAGGGCAUCCGUGUACAAACCGAAGCAGACCAAGUCAAAAAAGUCCAAGACUGCGAGAAGGCCUACAACAUCUUCGAAGCGGACGCCGCGGUGGGCUUUCGGCGAAAGUGUGACGGACAUGCUCAAAGCACAAUUCUUCCGAAAGAUCGAGGCGAACGAGAUGCUGGCGCCGGACCGCCUCCAGGUUGCGAGACUCAGCAGAGAUUACCAGCUACGCCAGACGCGCUCUUCCGAGACUCUGUUCACCGAGGACAGCGAAACCCCGGUAGAACCGUUUCAUCUGCAAGAUCUACCUUCUCGAAUCGGGGCGGCCGGGGUUCAGACAUCGGUCGCACCAAGUGGUGCUGUAUCACGACCAAUUCCAUUUGAAAUGCCUGUGCGACGAGACUUUUCUGUCGCGAGGAGAACAUCGAGGACAUGUGGAAAGGCGGAUGCCAAAGCCGAAAAUCAGAUGAUGACAGCGCAGCAGAGCCGACCGCUGUCUACUAUACCCGAGCUUCUCGUCACCGCCUCGACUCCUGACAAAGACGACAACAUGCCUGCGGCAGAGGUGAGGGUCUUUCAUCGGGGCCGGACAUUUGCCCCUGUCCACGACGAAGAUUUCGUGUUCUUUGCCUCAACUCCCUGCACCCUAACGGUGCCUGGAUUCCGCCAUGGACGCAUCCGAUUCCCCAAGGCCGAGGUGGUCAAGGGCAGGAAGAUUGCCGCCGAUGACACGCUUGACUGGACGGCCUUUCAGAUGGCCAUCUUGGGCGGCGCUGGCGACUUUUUCUCGGACCCCUCGGAUUUCGCGCCGCGGACCGAGGCGGACGAGAUUGACGAGCUCGCGAAUUGGUUCGCCGACUUUGGCUUCGAAAACCACGGUCUCUUGAUCUCCUCACGUCGCCACAGCGAUAAGACGCUGAGCAUGACGACAGCAGAGACGAUUUCACCGACGGCCUCUACGUUUACGGAUUCGACAGACGCCGAUCUGCCUAUUCCCGUGGCGCCAGAGUAUCCCACGGGGUUUUGGAACGCAGGCCAUGUUGACGCGUCUAAGUUUCUGCAGGACCAAGGCCACUGCAAUAUCAAACGGUGGACCAUGGACGGGCCACAGAAGCGGUACAAGAAGGAUAGUCAGGGGAGCAUCGAUAGUCUGCGGCAAAGCCCCGAGCUGGAUGUCGUGUACCUAGGUGGGGCUCACGGCGAAAGGGACGCCGUGCCAAUGGGCUUCAACCUUUUUCAUGAUUUGGGGGAGUUUCUCAGGUGGGAGGCGGAGAAUUCGAGAACCAGGGUGAUCACGAGACGCAGUGAAGAGAAGAGGUUCGACAUGGAGGUUGAUGAGCAGUGGAUACAAGGAUUCCAUGCGCAUGGCCCCCCGAAACCCAAUUCACAACAGCCCUUCCACACCCGAAAAUCACCAGCUGUAUGGUCCGCUGAAGAAUCGUCCCUCACACAAGAAGUGCCGACCACUGGGCCCCCCUCCCUCUUGGGCUUGAGCCCUUGCCACGCGAAAGACCAGAGUCAGGUUCACCACCGAGCUGCCUCGCCUCGCCUUAUCCCGUCCCGAAGAUCCAGCAGCCCAACACCUGCGUGUCCGCGUAUCGCGUACACCCCUCUCGCUCUCCAGCUUGCUCGGCAAGCCCCUUUCCCGCCCCCCCAAACGAGCCGACAGUCCGCGACCAUGCUCCGCCGGCCCGCCACAACCCUGACCAUCACGUCCGAAGACGUCGCCGCCUACGAAGAUCGGCGCAUCCGCGAGCACGACGCCGCCGAGGCCCGCCGCGUCGCGGCCCUCAACAAGGCGCACUACCAGCGACAGCAGGCGCAGCUCCAGGCGCAGGCGCAAGCCGAGGCCCACGCACAAGCACAGGCACAGGCACAAGCGCAAGCGCAAGCGCAAUACCAGCAGAGUCCGUACGAGCCGCAGACGCAGUCGCCGUAUGCGCCCCAGACGGAGAGCCCGUUUCCGGAUCGACAUCAUCAUCAUCAUCACCAGCAGCAGCAGCAGCAGAGACAAAUGAUGCCGCCGCCGCCGCAGCCGCGGUUCGAGGAGAGCUAUACGGAGCAGGACACGGAGAUGCUUGUCGGGUCGAGCGAGGACGACGACGACGAGGGGGACGCGGGCGAUCUGGCGGGCGCUGACGGCAGCGUUCGGGGCCGUGGGCUGAGGGGGGCUGGAGGACGGGGGCGCGGGGCGGGCGUCAUGCUCACGCCGACGCCGGGCCCUGAGGGUAUAGCGAGGGGGGGGCGGACGAGGGAGGAGAGGAUCGGGCUUGGGCGGCGGGGGCCGUGA